AUGUCUGAACAGACAUCUACUCCGAUAGUGGAGUUCACAGGCUUUUUUAAAGCACUUCGACUCUAUCAUGUCAAUCGUAUACAAGAAGCUGAGGAACAAUGCACAAAACUACUGACCAAAAACCCAUUAGAUCAGGCUGCAUGGGCAUUGAAAUUGGCUUGUUUAACUGAAGGAACAUAUGUUGAUGAAUUGGAAAACGAGGAUAUUGGGAUAGCCGAAACGUUCCUUGAUCAGAAUGUGAUUGCUCCGAGUGCUCGACCAGGAACUUCAUUCCAAAGACCAGCGACAAGUGCUAAAGGGGCCAAUCCUAUCUUAAGACCUACCACGAAUGGUGGAAGACCUUUAUCAGGAGUCGUUCGCCCUAUGACGAUGACCAGGCCGGGAACGAUGGAACAAGCUGUCCGAACAAGUAGAACAGCAAAAACAGCUAGAGCCAUGAGCAGUAGUUCAGCUCGAAUGCUUAGAUUGGGUACAGCAUCUAUGAUUUCAUCGGGAGAUGGCCCUUUCAUAAACUUGGCUCGUUUGAAUAUUGAUAAAUAUGCUUCUGAUCUACAAGUAAACCGUCAACUGUUCGAAUAUGUUUUUUAUGUAGAAGGUGAUAUGCGCGUGGCUCAUCAAAUAGCUUCUAUAGCUACAAAGGCCGCAGAGUUCAACGAUUGGUACUGGAAAAAUCAAUUAGGCAAAUGUUAUUAUAGGCUCGGUAUGUUCUCUGAUGCAGAGAAACAAUUUCUCUCAUCGCUUAAACAUCUACGUCUGGUUGAAACGUAUGCGUUUUUGGCUAAAGUGGCUUGUCGAGUUGAUCAGCCUUUACUUGCUAUCAAGUACUAUGAAGAUGGCUUAGCGGUUUUCCCCCGAGAUGUCACCUUGCUGACCGGACAAGCUCGAGUCAAAGAGCAAUUGAAUGAACUUGAAGACUCUAUCAACCUGUAUAAAGAGAUUCUUACUGCACAGGCAAACAACAUUGAGGCGAUUGCUUGUAUAGCUACUCAUUACUAUUACAAUGAAACCCCCGAGAUAGCCUUACGAUACUAUCGACGAAUUAUGCAGAUGGGAGUAUGUAAUGCGGAAGUUAUGAUGAAUAUCGGACUUUGUUGCUUCGAAUGCCAGCAAUACGACUUUGCAAUUUCUUCCAUUCGAAAAGCGCAAACUCUUGCUACAGAGGAUAUCCUGGCGGAAAUAUGGUACAACGUUGGGCAUAUCAUGAUACAAAAUGGAGAUGUGAAGCAGGCUGCUCGAUGCUACCGCUUAGCUCUCUCAGCUGAUCCAAAUCAUGGAGAGUCAAUGGUUAAUCUCGGGAUCUUAUCCCAAAGAAAUGGAAAGAAAGACCAAGCCCGUUCUAUGUAUUAUAAUGCUAUCUCAAAGAAUCCUCAUCUGUUCGAAGCUCAUUAUAAUCUGGCAUUACUAUGCUACUCGACUGGGUAUUUUCAUGAAUGUCGGGUAGAAAUAAAUAAGGCUCUAGAACUUUUCCCUGAUCAUCAAGUGUCUCUAGAGGUCAAAGCAAAAGUUGAUUAUCUUUUCGAAUCUGUUUAA